UUUAGGAGGACGCACAAUGACGGAAACGGCCGAUAUCCAGCUUAAAAGUGUAAACCACGUCAACGGAAAUGGCGUGGACAACCAGGCUUUUGAAAUAGAGGAGGACAACAGUACUGAUACUAGCAGCAUCAAAAAACAGACUAAAAAGACUCCAAAGGGAUUGGGAUCAUACUUAAGCCAAGUCUCCAAGCCGAUUAAUGCCACAGAGGAUUACAUCAAGGCUCACUCAAAAACAUUCAAAUACAUUGUGCUGGGCAUACUUGGAGCAGGUUAUGUGGCAUAUUUCAUCGCAGCCUGUGUGUUGGAUUUCCAGAGGGCCCUCGCUCUUGUGGUCCUAACCUGUUUGGCUAUUGUUGCUAAAUCUUACGAACUUUUGAAGGAGUACAAAGGACAAAGCAUCGCUGACUGUUUCAAACCUGCAGUUAGAUGCUUUAAAUCUAACCUGAAAUGGUUAAAAUGGGUUUUCAUCUUAGCAGUUGUUGCCCUGCUUGUCCUGUGGCUCGCGUUAGACACAAGCAAGCGUCCUCAGCAGCUUAUCUCGUUCGGAGGUGUGUGCAUGUUCAUCGUGCUUGUGUUCCUCUUGUCAGCACACAGAACAGCGGUAUCAUGGAGGCCUGUGUUUUGGGGCCUCGGGAUGCAGUUCUGUAUCGGCCUUUUUGUCAUACGAACACAGCCUGGACUAGUGGCGUUCGAAUGGCUUGGAGAACAAGUGCAGAUUUUCCUCGACUACACCAAAGAAGGAUCACGUUUUGUUUUUGGGGAUCUGAUUGACACUAUUUUUGCCUUCAGAGCUUUGCCCAUUGUUGUGUUCUUCAGCAGUGUGAUGUCGAUCCUUUACUUUUUGGGGAUAAUGCAGUGGCUCAUUCUGAAGAUCUCAUGGGUUAUGCAGAUAACGAUGGGAACCUCUCCCACAGAGACCUUGAGUGUGGCAGGCAAUAUAUUUGUUGGCCAGACUGAAGCUCCGCUGCUGAUCCGCCCCUAUUUGAAGGACAUGACCAAAUCUGAAGUCCAUGCUGUUAUGGUUGGUGGAUUUGCCACCAUUGCAGGCAGUGUCAUGGGGGCCUUCAUCUCCUUUGGGAUUGAUGCCUCUUCCUUGAUAUCAGCGUCUGUGAUGGCUGCUCCUUGUGCCUUGGCCAUUUCCAAACUUUCUUACCCAGAGACCGAGGAGAGUCGGUUCAAGUCAGAGAAGAAUAUUAAAGUGGCUUGUGGAGAAGAACGGAACAUCUUGGAGGCUGCCAGCAGUGGAGCAUCUGCUUCAAUAGGUCUUGUUGCAAACAUUGCAGCAAAUUUGAUAGCCUUUCUCGCCAUCCUUGGGUUCAUAAAUAAAGCUCUGAGUUGGCUUGGUGGUAUGGUCGGAUACCCUGAAAUUACUUUUCAGAUGAUUUGCUCUUAUGUAUUCAUGCCUGUGGCCUUUAUGAUGGGAGUACCGUAUGAUGAGAGUUUCACUGUGGCUGAACUAAUUGGCACAAAGCUCUUCCUCAAUGAGUUUGUGGCUUAUGAGAAACUAUCUGCACUGAAGGAAAACAGAAUCAAUGGACUUGAUGAAAUGUUCGGAGGGGAAAGACAAUGGAUAUCUGUCCGAUCAGAGAUAAUCACCACUUAUGCUCUUUGUGGAUUUGCCAACUUCAGCUCGCUGGGUAUUAUGAUCGGUGGCCUCUCUUCUAUAUGCCCAUCCAAAAGAGGCGACGUCUCGUCUCUGGUGCUGAGAGCUAUGCUCACUGGGACUUGUGCUUCUCUCAUCAAUGCUUGUGUUGCAGGGAUCCUCUUUGUUCCUCCACUUGACUGUGUGGACCUGUUCAAGACAUCUGCAUUCAAUGCCACAGAUGUUAAUAUACAAACCUGCUGCUCAGACCUCCUUAAAAGCACUAUAAACAACGGGACCAUCAUAUUUAAGGAAUCGUGGAGCUCAGUAGCAAACGUCACUAUGUUUUUCUCUCAGUGUUGUGAGUGCUGUGGUCUUUCAAACGUGGUUUGUUAUUAGAGAAGAGAAAUACAUACCAGUGUCUGUUUAUACCGUAGUUCAUUUACAUGUUUCUCCAUUUUUGUAUAUUUGUGUCGCAGCGAAUGUAAAAAUGUAAAUUCUUAAAGAUGAAUGUGUCGUUCAUGUAUUAUAUAUUGUAAAUUAAUUCAGAUAUUGGUGUUUAUUUAAGGCCAACGAUUGAAAGGACACACCUUCAUAGAUAUACCUCAGGAAAAAUUCAGACAUCAACAGUUUGAUGAAUGUAAAUAUUUCAAAUAAA